AACCUUAACUUGGGUUUUUUAAUCAGAAUUUAAAAUAUUCUGCUAAUACUGGAAGAAAUGUGGAUCAGUGCAUGCCUGGAUGUUGUGAUAUUCCACAUUUUUAUGCAGAAAUGGGCGUUAAAUGUUAAAGUCGCCUCUGUGUGUGUGUGUGGAGAUGUUCCUGGAGCUCUGAUGUCUAAAAAAUUUGAACCUUCUGGAAAAUCAAAGAUGCAGAGAGCAGCUGUGGACUCAUCAGAUAUGAUGACAUGUGGAUGGUCUUUUGUCUGUUUGCACAAGUGUCUCCCACGAGUAUCCAACAUAAUUUGGGAAACAUCUUUCUUUAAUGCACACUCUCCCUUAACUUCGACACCGCUCACUCCCUCCCACCACGCACUGAGGAUGUCCUGUUACAUGUGUGUCCCUAAAAGUGUGUGUGUGUGUGUGUGUGUGGGAGGGAGGGUAGAAGCUCAUAUAGUCCUCGACAUCAGAGCCGGAAGGAGUCAUCUGAUGUCUGCACGCUUCACGUGGUGAAAACUCUUCAGAAGACGAGGCUUCAGGAGGGACCUGCCCUCUCUCUUCAUCCGCAGCACACGCACCAUCACAAAGCAAGACCAUGGGCACACACGAGCACAACCACUCACUGGACUACCUAAACGGUACGCCAUGGUUCGUCUACGAGUGCACCAUCGAGCUGGAUGCGGACUACCGGCGCAUCGCCCUCUUCCUCCUCUACCUUUUCAUCUUCAUCGUGGGCCUGCUGGAGAACUCGCUGGUCGUCUGGGUCAACUGGCGUCGGCGCCACUCUGCCAACGGGGUCCUCUUCUGCAUCAUCAACGUGAGCCUGUCGGACCUGAUGGUGAUUGUGAUCCUGCCUUUCUUCAUGAUGGAGGUGACCAUGGACAAGGUUUGGCUGUGGGGUCGCUUCCUCUGCAAGGUCACCAACCUCGUCUAUGUGAUCAACUUCUACAGCAGCUCCUUCUUCUUGGCAUUCAUGACUCUGGAGCGCUACCUGUCGCUGACCAGGCCCACGUUUCCGGCUUUCUUCCCCGUGGUGGGCCGGCGUCGCUGGGUGCUCUGCGGCGGCCUGUGGGUGUUCUCCUUGUUCCUGGCGCUGAUGGAGAACGUCCACGUGGAUCUUCUAGAGUGGGACGAGCCGGGCUGCUACAUGAUGCCCGAGUACCACUUCACCGAAUGGUUCGUCACCGUGGCUUUCCUUUGCUUGAUCUUCCAGUUCUUGGGCCCUGCUGCCGUGAUCAUCACCUGUAACGUGCUGAUUGCUCGUGCCGUUAAAACUGCACCGGACGUCCAGGGCCGGCGGGACGUGUGGCUGGUGCACGUGUACUCCCUCGUGUUCAUCCUGUGCUGGCUGCCCUACCACAUGGUCAUGUUCCUGAUGCUCAUAGACGACAUCGACCCUUACAUCUUCAGCUGCAACGUGGUAGAAGUCCUCUACUUCUCGUUCAGCGUGGUGCAGAGCCUGAGCCUCUUCCACUGCGUCGCCAACCCCAUCCUCUACAACUUCCUCAGCAAGAGCUUCCGCAACAACCUGAUCAACACUGUGGUGACUUACUUACCCAGAGAGGGGACUGGAGACCACGUGGGAGCGGGGACCAUGCCCAACGCUCCCAACGGUGGUGGGGCAGACCCGGGGAAGCAACGCAAGUUAAGUAACGCCAGCACCAGCCAGUCUGACGUAGGCUCAUAAGAAAGAGAUGAGGGAACGAGUGUCAGCUUCAGGAAAUUAAGUGAAGAAAGAUUUGACAGAACUGAAUCCAGUCUUGGUGCUUCAGGACGCCAGAGUAUCAUCUCACUGUGGUCAUAGACUCAUUGUGUCGUUUGUUACAGAUGGGCUCGCCUUCCUCUAAUAAUCCACAUCCUGUUGUUUUUGUUUUUGUCACGCAUCUGAUCAGUUUCAAACAGAGAAAGGCAGGAAACGUUGGAUGGAUCCUCUUUAAUCUCACGGCACACGGUGGGUGAGGAAAAAGAAGAACAGCAGCGCAGCAGAGAAUGUGUGGAGACAACUCUGCCGUCAGUCCGGUGCCAAGAAAAAAAACAAAAGAAAUCAAAUGUGUAACUGAGCGGACAAGUCUUUUAUUUCCUCACGAAUCUAACAGAUAAAUCAUAGUUCACAUUUUCUAAAUGCUUAUUUAUCUGUUUCUGGAUGCUGCUGUUAAAAUGCAAUAAAACUCCUUUAAAGAAAAA